GAGACAUCAAUAAUAGCCGCAUGGUUCCAGUACGUUCCUUGGAAUCUGCUCCCAUUAGUGGAGCAGAACAUGGUCUUCAACUUCGCUUGAAGGGGCCUGAUGAUCUCUGAUCAAAGUUAUGCGAUUAUCAGAUAACUAUAACGGCAGCAUCGCCGUUAGAGUGGGACUAAGCGGGAUCCACUUCUGACGCUUAUGUCGACAGGGACAUCCUGGGAAACUUAUCCAUCCGAAGAUGCUUUGGACUCUAAAGAGAAGAGAGCUAGGCAGACUGAUCUACCAGUUCAAUGGGGAUAUUCACUCGAAUUCCCACAGAGUGACGCCAUGAUGGAAUGACUGAUGGAAUCCGUCUACGGCGGUAAAUGAACUAUCGGGCCAAGAAAUAAUGGACUACCAUGGAACUAUCAUACAGUCGUCGGGCAUCUGCAAAUAUGCUAUAGCCCUUAACCUAGUGUCAGCCUUGAGGAAGUCAAUGAAAUUGUCUAAAAGUCCGAAGGAAAAGAUGCUAUUAUACUCGGCCCGCGUGUCCCACCCCAAGCUCCCCAGAGGAUCCAAUUCUCCACGGCCGAGACAUCUGUUCCCGCCUGAUCGGCACGCCACAUGUUCGAACCACUUCACGCUCAGCGUGCUCGAAAAAUCAUUAUUCACGGUAAAUAGGGAUGAUCAGCAUGGCCCCCGAUCGAGGUGGCCAGCGACACGUCCUGUCAGCCUGGAGUCCUUUGCAAGGACAUCUCUUAGGUUCGAUCCAUGCCGGCCACUUUCCGUCCUUGUGGGAAUCUGUCCGGACGAUACGGCUAAUCACACAAAAUUUCUCAUCCUGGGAGACCUACUUGGUGCUUUGAGGGGGUUCUGCAUAUGGUAUGGUGUCCAAUCAUUCUAUUUGGUGACGAUUCAAUAUACAAUUACUGCUAAAAGAAGAAAAGGGAAAAAAAAGGGAAGUUUCUGAUGAACUACUAUUCCCUAAGUAUGGGACGGAUGAGGCUGCCUAAAGAAGCAUCCGGCAUAUCUUGAAUCUACUAGAACGGCACCUUACGUGCGUUAGACAUUCUAACUGAGAAUACCCUCAG